AUGGCCGACUCACGCCCCUCAGGGUUAGAAAGGAGCCCAACUGCACCAUCAGUCAUGUCAAAUGGCCACUUUGCUUCGAUCGGAGGUGAAGGCGAUGCUACCUCCUACGAACACGGAGUGCAGGUGAUUGACGAGAACAAGGAGUUCAAUCCCAACCUGUCCAAGUACCUGUCGCUUGAGAAUGUCACGCCCGCGGGUUUCAACUACCAUCUCAUCUCCGUGUUCGGAUCGCAAUCCACCGGAAAGUCCACUCUGCUUAACCAGCUGUUUGGUACCGAGUUCUCCGUAAUGUCGGAGUUGGAGAGGAGACAAACAACCAAAGGUAUCUGGUUGUCGAAGAACAAGAGACAGGGUGAGGCUGGUGCAGCGGAGCGCAUGGCGGAUAACAUCUUGGUUAUGGAUGUGGAGGGAACCGACGGGCGCGAGAGAGGUGAGGACCAGGACUUCGAGCGCAAGAGUGCCCUCUUUGCGCUUGCAACGAGUGAGGUCCUCAUUGUCAACAUCUGGGAACACCAGGUUGGAUUGUACCAGGGAGCCAACAUGGGAUUGCUGAAGACUGUCUUUGAGGUCAACUUGCAAUUGUUCUUGAAAGACAAGCACACUACCCACCGGUCUCUCCUAUUCUUCGUCAUCCGCGAUUUCAUCGGUACCACGCCACUCAAGAACUUGCAGAAAACACUACUGGAAGACCUCUCCCGUCUGUGGGAUACGAUAUCGAAGCCUGCUGGCUUGGAGAAGUCAACGAUUCACGACUACUUUGAUUUCCAAUUUUAUGGACUUCCCCACAAGGGUUAUCAGCCCGAACAGUUCGUGACAGAGGCAAAGAAGCUCGGCCUACGUUUCCGCGAAGGACACCGGGACCCACGGAGAGAUGCGCUCAAGGGUGAGUUCUCUGAAGAAGGAGUCUUCCUUCCUGAGUACCAUCGCCGCAUCCCAGCCGAUGGGUUUUCACAUUAUGCGGAGGGGAUUUGGGACCAAAUUGUCAAUAACAAAGACUUGGAUUUGCCCACGCAGCAAGAGUUGCUUGCACAAUUCCGUUGUGACGAAAUCUUGCGCGAAGUGAUGAUUGGCUUCGACGAGGCGAUCGUCGCAUUUGAAGAUAAGCAGGCCGAGGCAGUGCGUCUCGGUGCGCCUGAGGUACUUGGAGGACUGGGUGUGGCCAUGCGCGCUGCGCGCAUGAAGACCUUGAAGAACUUCGAGACCGAGGCCAGCCGAUACCACAAAGGUGUCUAUCAACGUAAAAGCGCUGAGCUCAUGGGCAAGGUCGACACUCGCCUCAAGGCGCUGUUCCACGGCCAGCUGUCAGCAGCCCAUAAGUCGGGAAUCCGCGAAUUCAGCGAUGCAGUCAGUGCUGCUGUGAAGGAUGGUCAGAAGAGGGGCGGUAACUACGAAUUCGCCGAAAUCGUAACCAAGGAAGCUCAGUCUUCCUUGGAGAAGUUCGAGGAAGUCGCCCGCUCGACAUCAGUGGAAGGAGCUCCCUGGAGCAACUACACGCAGGAGCUUUCUCUUUACCAGAAAGAGUUGGCUGAGGCCAGUGCCCGACUACGCCACGAUGAAAUGAGACGUUUGGCCACCCGCGUCGAGCGGUGGGUUCAUUCUCGCCUUGGGGAAUCAGUAGGUCUUGAAUUCAAUGCCCUUGGCUCGGGUAGAGCUGGUGGUGGCGCUCCCGAGGACGGGGAUAAGCCUGCCGAGAAGGAAUUCUGGGAUCGGAUCUGGAACUUGUUUGAAGAAACCGUUCUUGAUGCUGAACGGAGGUUCACGGACCGUGCGAGCAGCUUCGACGCUAGUAUUGAUGAAGUCGAUGUUGGCCUUUGGCGCCUGCGCCGCAAGUCUUGGAGCGUUCUCCGCGCCAAGAUCGAGGAGGAGAUGAUCGAGGGCAACUUGCUCCUCAAGCUUCGGGAGAACUUCGAAGACAAGUUCCGCUAUGACGAGGCUGGUGUGCCCCGCAUCUGGCGCCCCACCGAUGAUAUCGAGGGCAUCUAUACCCGUGCUCGGGAAUCUACCCUGGCUGUUAUUCCUCUUUUGUCACGUUUCCGCUUGGAGAGGACCACUGCCCCUCCGCCGCUUGACCGAUGGAUUGGACACACGCCCAGCACGGCGACCCCUGAAGACGAGGAGGACUUGGCGCCAAUCGGCGGUGUGGAUGAGCACGAGGGCAAGAGCUUGGAGGAAGAAAUGACAAUCCUCAGCGAUUCCAAGCGCCAAGAGCUCACCGUACGAUUCAAGAAGGCCGCCGACGGCGUCUACGUCGAGGCUAAGCGGAGUGCCAUUGGUGGUAUCACCCAGGUUCCCUUGUAUUUCUACGGUCUGUUGCUGGCCCUGGGCUGGAACGAGAUUUGGGCCGUUCUGCGCAACCCCGCUUACUUCUUCCUCCUCUUUGUGUGUGCCAUUGGCGCAUAUAUCACCUAUCAGCUCAACCUGUGGGGUCCAAUGCUCAAGAUGACCGAGGCUGCCUCUCAGCAAGCCCUUCAUGAAGGCAAGCGCCGCUUGCGCGAGUUCCUUGAGGCAUCGGACACUGGCCGCCAAGCCAUUGCUAUGUCGGCUGGAGAGCGGGCUGGCUCGAGCCGAAAGGAGGAGUAUGAGAUGUCGGAUAUGAAGAAGGGUGGCUCAAGUGCUGAUGAUGACUUGGACGAUAUGUAA